CAAUGGGAAAACGGAGUUCCGAAAGGGAACGGAGUUUUCAGUUUGCUUGAUGGGAGUAGCCAUACCGGCGAGUGGAGUAAAGAAAUGAAAAUCCAGCAACACAACGGAAGUUGCGAUUUAGGAGAUGCGAAAGAGAAAUUGCAGAGCAAUGGGGCUGUUGAGACUGAGAGUCUGACCGCAGCAUUCAGGAAAAGGUCUUCGGUGGACGCUGCCAGAGGCAGCUCGACGGAGAGGAAUUUUCCGAGGAUUUGCAUUUGGGAAUCGGACGGUGAGGCCGGCGAUAUCACUUGUGACAUACUCGAUAAUGUGGAGGCUUCGAUGUUGUAUCGAGAUGGAUUUAGGCAGUUUAGGCGGAGCCCUUGUUGUGUUACCAAUGAUGCGAAGAAACCAGGACAGAUUAUUUCCAAGGGGCAUAAGAAUUACGAACUCAUGCUCAAUCUCCAACAGGGUAUUAGGUAUUCUGUUGGGAAGCACGCUUCAAUCCAGCGGGAACUUAGGCCGAGUGAUUUCGAUCCGAAGGAAAAGUUCUGGACGAGAUUUCCACCGGAAGGAUCCAAAGUUACACCCCCUCAUCAAUCCGUGGAUUUUCGUUGGAAGGAUUACUGUCCCUUGGUGUUCAGACGUCUGAGGGACCUGUUUCGAGUUGAUCCAGCUGAUUACAUGGUAGCUAUUUGUGGAAAUGACACCCUCAGAGAGCUCUCUUCUCCAGGAAAGAGUGGAAGUUCCUUCUACUUAACCCAGGACGAUAGGUUUAUGAUAAAGACGGUGAAGAAAUCGGAAGUAAAGGUUCUCAUCAGGAUGCUGCCGAGUUAUUAUGAGCAUGUUUGUCGUUACGAGAAUUCUCUUGUGACGAAAUUCUUCGGCGUACAUUGUGUAAAACCAAUUGGUGGGCCAAAGACACGGUUUAUUGUGAUGGGCAACUUAUUCUGCUCCGAGUACCGAAUUCAUCGACGGUUUGAUCUAAAGGGAUCCUCCCAUGGCCGAACAACAGAUAAGCCUGCGGAAGAAAUUGAUGAAACCACUACACUGAAGGAUCUUGAUCUUAAUUUUGUGUUUCGCCUUCAGCAAAGUUGGUUCCAGGAACUUAUAAAGCAAAUUAACCGAGACUGUGAGUUCUUGGAAGCUGAGAGAAUCAUGGAUUACAGUCUUCUCGUUGGUCUUCAUUUCCGCGAUGAAAAUAGAUAUGACAAAAUGGGCCUAUCACCAUUUCUAUUACGUUCUGGGUAUAAAGAUUCUUAUCAGAACGAAAAGUUUAUGCGUGGCUGUCGCUUUCUCGAAGCAGAGCUGCAGGACAUGGAUCGAGUUUUAGCUGGCCAGAAACCUUUAAUUAGGUUAGGAGCCAAUAUGCCAGCAAGAGCAGAGCGGAUGGCUCGAAGGAGCGACUUCGAUCAGUAUACCCCUGGUGGGACAAGCCAUUUGAUCCCUUCAAGGAGUGGCGAAAUCUGUGAAGUUGUCCUCUAUUUCGGGAUCAUCGACAUCUUACAAGACUACGAUAUCAGCAAGAAAUUGGAGCACGCCUACAAAUCCUUACAAGUCGAUCCUAUCUCAAUAUCAGCAGUCGACCCAAAGCUCUACUCGAAAAGAUUCCGAGACUUCAUAGGGAGAAUUUUCAUAGAGGACAGGUGAAAACAGGGAAGAAGGUGACCACCAUUGGUCUACACAUCUGAUCGAAUAAGAUUUCCAACAAAAAUCCGGUAUCAACCAAACUCGAAGGAGUUCAGUUGCAUGCAAACUUUGUACUCCAGGUUCGAACACGAGACUUGACUUGCGGUUGGAGGAGGAGCGCAAAUAGCAGUCACAAGUUGGGAGGCAUUCAUUGGCAUGUGCAAGUGUUUAAUGGCUGAUUUUGCAGAGCAGCCAAAGUAGGGAGGGGUAAAGCCUUUUAUUAUGUACAUUCAAUGCAAGAAAGAGGGAGGUUUGGUUUUGGUUUGGCUUUUAAGGGGUGAUAUUUUUUUUUUUUCAACCUUUGGACAUGAAGAUUUGAAAGAUAGGUAUAUAGUUAAAUGGAGAAAAAUGUUGUGAGAGUCAGAGAGAAGAUUCAAAAUGGGGAUUUGGGAGGGGGGAAGGGUGGCUUGGAAUAAGAGAAAGUGUACAGCCUUACGAUUAUGAUUUUUUGUGAAAUAUUUUAUUCAGAAAACGCUCGUUCAAUCUC